UCGAGAGUAUCGCUCAUCCCUACCGUAAACAAACCUAACCUUUUAUUGAGAGAGAGAGAAACCUAACCUAAUUUAACUUACAAGUUGACUAGUGAUACAUCUCCUUGUGAGUGUGCCUUUUUAAUUGUGGAAAAAUGUCUCUGAAGAGGAAAUUGACGCAGGAUGAUCUACGUAAAGCGAUGAAUGAACAUAAGAAGAAACUCGUUACAGUUAAAAAGAUUGAAUCGCCAUUGGCAAAAUAUACAGAUUCAGGUCAGCUUAUGUGCAUUUUAUGCAAGUCGGUUGUGCGCAAUGAAACAGUAUGGCCUGUUCAUCUAAAUUCCAAAACACAUAAAGAAAACAUUGCAGUAGCAAAAAAGACCAAACUAGAGACAGAGAGUAUGGUAAAAACAUCGAAUGUUACAGUAUUCAAAAGACCCCUCUCACCAUCCCAAAACAGUUCUGCAAAUAAGAAAAUAAAGGGAAUAUUGAAGAACAGUAAUCAACCAGUAGCGCAAACUAAGUCAAGUUUACCAGCAGAUUUCUUUGACAGUGAUUCAAAGCAAGUUAAUGGUGGGCCUUCUUCUGCAACACAAAAGAAGGAAAGUAAAGAUUCUACAGUUAGUAUUAUAGAUGUAUCAAGUAUAGAAGCAGAGGAAGAAAAAGAAAAGGAAAAAGAAAAAGUAAAGGAUACAAAUGUAUCCGUUCUUCCAGAAGGAUUCUUUGAUGAUCCAGUAAUGGAUGCUAAGGUUCGUAAUGUCGAAUACAAGGAUCCUAUAGAGGAAGAAUGGGAGAAAUUCCAAAAAGAGAUUAAGGAAGAAACUGCACAAUCUGCGCAAAUUAUUGCAGAUGAUCAAGAGGAAGCAACAACGGAAAGGCAACUGGAUGAAAUUGAGGAACAAAUUAGGCAUUGGUCUAGGGUAAUGGAUCUUGUAAAGCGUAAGGAACAAGUGCAGGCUACCGAUAGAAAGCAAGAAAACUUCGAUGAUAACAUAUCGAGCGGUGACGAAACCGAGUUUGACGAGUUCCUCGACUGGCGGGCAAAGAACUCCUACAAAUAAAAUUCUUUGUGUAUAUAAUAUCUUUGUAAAUAUCAUCUUUUUGUCGUCUUAGCACAAGUAUUUGUAUAAAAUUGUAAACUUUUUAAA